CACUGGACUUGUAUUCUGAAGGUUCUGGGCUGGAUCUGCUCGCUCUGUCGCUGUUCUCCUCAGUUCUGAGCGGCGCUAGACCUGGGCGCGGGAGGAUCUCUGAGGCGGUGUCCCUGCUGGUGUGGUCUAAAGAAGGAUGCAGACGAUAAAGUGCGUCGUCGUUGGCGACGGGGCAGUGGGGAAAACGUGCCUUCUCAUCUCAUACACCACCAACGCCUUCCCCGAGGAGUACAUCCCGACCGUGUUCGACAACUACAGCGCCCAGAUGAGCGUCGACGGACGCACGGUGAGCCUGAACCUGUGGGACACGGCGGGUCAGGAGGAGUACGACCGGCUGCGCACGCUCUCCUACCCUCAGACCAACGUGUUCAUUAUCUGCUUUUCCAUCGGCAGUCCGUCGUCGUAUGCCAACGUCCGGCACAAGUGGUUCCCGGAGGUUUCGCACCACUGCCCCAGCGUGCCUGUGCUGCUCGUGGGAACCAAACGCGAUCUGCGCAGCGACGCCGAGACCGUCAAGAAGUUAAAGGAGCAGAACCUGGCGCCCACCACGCAGCAGCAGGGCACCGCGCUGGCUAAGCAGAUCAACGCCGUGAAGUAUCUGGAGUGCUCGGCUCUGCUCCAAGAAGGCGUCAGGGAAGUUUUUGCCGAGGCCGUGCGUGCCGUUCUCUAUCCCGUCACCAAAAAGAAUCCCAAAAAGUGCGUCCUCUUGUAGUUUGGCUUUGGAGACUUGUGGAAAUGGACUCGGAGAGCUCAGAGGACAGACGGAUGAUCCCGGUGUUAAUAGCCAUCUCUUCUUCCUCACUUGUGUUUUUAACCACUCUAGGUAUUGUUUUUGGCUCCCUGAAAUUUUUAUUUUUUUUUGCUUUCUUUCUUUGUUUUUUUGUUUUUUUUUUGCUUUUCUACAGUCACCAAAGUAUGAACUCUUUACCAGGACUGAAGAAACUCCUGUUGAUUUCAAAACCACUUUCCCCUUUGGCCUCGUUCGUCUCCUUGGAAGGAUGUGGGUUGUCAAGAUCAUUCGCACUUACCUCAUGGCUAAAAAAAAAAAUGCAAUUGCAAGACACAUGGCAAUAUUUUAAUAAUGAAGCAAAGCAAUACGGAAAAGAAGUUUCGCCCAGUCGCGCUGGAGGAUGGCGUGGCAUUGUUUUCCUCGAGCAGCAUCUGAGAAGGAAAAGCAUCUCGUUUCUACCACCUGUCGUCUCCGAUCUGUCCUUUUUUUUUUUUUUUUUUUUCUUUUUUUUUUUUUGGCGCCUAACAGGUUAGCUGAACUCCUCUCCUGAUACGAAAACAACGUGAGGAACGAUAUCAAAUAUUUAUACGCAUAUAGAGCGCUUAACACCUGAGAAUGAAAAGCUUACCUCCAAAAAAAAAAAACCUUUUCAGAUAUUCGUUGUGUUUUACUAUUACCCCCGAAAUGUCAUAAUUUUUUUUUUUUUGCUUCUGUGAAAUGAGGUGUAAGAAUGGUGCGCCGUUAUAUUGACGAGUUAUACGCCUUAUAUGAAAAAGGUCACGCGGUGUAUGGACGAAACAAAAGCCUGCGACCUAAUACAGUGCCUACAUGACAGUACACAAGCUUUUUAUUACAUGUCUUGUCUUGUAUAAACGACUGCAGUGCUUUGUAUCAGAUCCUUUGUACGCCUGAAGCCCAGACUUCCUUGUUUGACUUUCUUUCCGUCACACGUAACAAUUUAGAUAUCUUAAAUGCCUUGCUCACGAUUUUUUCUUUUUACUCUUUUUCUUUUUUCUUUUUUUCUUUUUUUUUUUUUUUUUGCACCCAGUGCUGCCUCGCCAGUUUAAUUCCAAGUGCCUGACUUGUUUCCGGAUUUGAUCCACAAUCCUGCCUCCAGUGAACUGCCUGCAGCCUCGUAACCGAAUCGAGUCGAACAGAAUCGACUCGGAGUCAACUUAUUUAGAAUUGACUCCUUGAGUCCAGCGAACAAGUGAACAGACAUUUCAUUACUAUCUACUUACAGAGUGACAAACAACGCUAAAAAAGCUGUAAAUAGAGCGUUUGUCCUCUGUACUGGGAAGGUUUAGUGCCAGGCGUGUGUGUGUGUGUGUCUGCGUCUGCUUCAUUCUUAACGCUCAGUGAUUCAUUCUUAAUCACUGUGUUUCACAGCUUUUCACAGUGAGUCAGUGCUCAGCCCCGGCAGGUGUUGACGAGAGCGUGUAUUUCUUUCCACAAGCAUCAGUCCCAACGAUUUCAUUUCAUGCUUUAAAUUCGGAGAGACCGAGACGUCCCCAAGUAUUUAACAUCUCAAGUAUCAUGGUCACUUUUUUUUUUUAUAUAUAUAUGAAUACAUUUCUGACCAAAAGUUCACGUAAACGACGCCAAGCACUGUUUGCGUAUUAGAAUACGUCGCAAACGUCUCGGAUCAGCUUAUGCUCAGCACGAGAAAUACAAGUAAAUGAACGCAAGCGGUCCUUACACUUGGAAGUACUUGUCGUGUAUGGGUGCGUAGGGCGGAGCUUCACCGAGACUGCCAUAGACAAAAGACAAAAAUAAAUAAAUAUAAAUCAUUCAUUAAUUUGAUCAUCUAAAUAAUCCAGAUUGUCUGGUUUAAGUUAAUUUUUCUUUGGAACGUGUUAUGUGCUUAACCGGUUUAAUUAGCGGGUGACUUUUUAUUCGUUUGUUGUUUUGUUUUGGACAAAUUUGCAUUACGCAAGCCUAUGCAUGAGCGAAGCGUUCUUCUUUCAUUUUUGUUUCUCAGCAGUAGUUAUAAAUGCCAUGUGGUUGCAACUUUUCAUCACUUUUCGGCGCCUGCACAUGUAAUCGCCAUCUUGGUUUGUGGCGGAUGCAAAAACUGACAUCGUCGAACAGUCGUGUGGUUUCAAAAGUGAAGUGGUACUUUAUAUAUGUUGUUUUUUUUUUUUUUUUGUGCUGAAAAUGUUGCACAUUUCUCUACGUAUCAAGGCUUACUUGCAGUGUCUCAGAGUUAGUCAGGCUUCUCAAAUGCUAUUAGCUUUUUUUAUUUGAUUUUUUUUUUUUUAUUAGAUUUUUGACUACAAUACUUAGCCAAAGAGUGCCUUUGGAUACAAAGAUAUCAGACAGAGAGCACACGGAGAGAAAGCGGACCUGUUCUGUUUGUUUGUUUUUUUCUAAGAGUCAUAACCGUACAUUUUAGUUUUUUUGUUGAUUUUUUUUUUUUUUUUGGCCUUUUGUCUCAUCUUUAUCGAAACCGAAUUCCACAAUGCGUAUUCAGGUUUUAUCAGCGAGGGGGAGUCCUCGGAAAACCGUGGACGCAUCGAGUCUAUAUUGGUGUCGCUGAUUAUUCUCAGCGAAAGGAUAAACGUGAGAAUGAAUCGCCAUGUGUUUGGUGUACUGUUCCUUUCAUUCCCCGCUUCUCUCUGUAACGCUGUUGGAAUUGAGCAGACACUGCCUCAUGUCGCCUCUUAUCUGCCUGCUUUGGUGUAUGGUACUGCAUUUAUACACUGGGAACUUGAUUUUUUUAAUUUUUAUAACAAACAUUUGUAUAAAUGAACUAACAGUGUAAGGAUUUUUAAAUUAUGCUAAAUAAAACUAUAAUUUACAGUU